AUGUUUCUAAUUUCUCAAGACGGCCUCUGUAUUUUUUACUUGGGAACAAAAGCACCCCUACCCAAAUUAAAACCCCCACAGAGGAAAAGAAAGAAAGAAAAACCACUGAUCCCAAUAACCUCAUUUCUCUCUCUCUACCUCUCGCAAAGGUAAGCGGCGAGGGAAGCGAAGACCGUACCAUUUCGUCUCUUCAGUUUACACCUUCUCCGAUUUUUCUCUGUAGGUUAAUUUGUGAGAAUUGAUGGCGUCGAAGUUGCAUCAGUUGCAGUCAAAGGCAUGUCAAGCGUCACAGUUUGUGGCCAAGCAUGGAACUGCUUAUUAUAAGCAGUUGUUGGAGCAGAAUAAGCAAUAUAUUCAACAGCCUGCCACUGUUGAGAAGUGCAAUGAGUUGUCCAAGCAGCUGUUCUACACCCGUCUUGCAAGUAUUCCCCAUCGAAAUGAAUCAUUCUGGAAGGAACUUGAUUAUGUGAAGAAUUUGUGGAAGAACAGGCAGGAGCUGAAGGUUGAAGAUGCUGGCAUUGCUGCCUUAUUUGGGCUGGAGUGCUUUGCUUGGUAUUGUGCUGGUGAGAUUGUGGGAAGGGGAUUUACUUUCACUGGUUACUAUCCUUGAGAAGAACUGCUUCAUAAAAUGUGUUUCAGGGGAUUCAAUAUGUCCAGCUUCUGUUGUUUCAUGACUGAACGGCAGGCACUUUACUUGCAAAUUUUUGUUUUUCUGCAAAAUUUUUGAAGCUGAGAAAUCAGUGGGUUACUAUGAUUGCCUCAAUAAAUUACAUUUUAAGCGGCAUAGGAUGUUACUGUCAUUCUGUUAACUUUGUUGGAAAAUCACUGCUACUCAUGAAUGAUGAUAAUGCUGCAAGUUUCUCAUUGGCUUGCCUUUAUACUCA